AGGCUAUAAUAUGAGUGAAAGGAACGCAUUUCAUGCUCGUUUAAGGGCUACUUGAGCUUUACUAGGGGACUGUGGAGGUUGAGGAGGACACCCAAAUCCAUGAACACCAGGACAGUAGCUACCAGAAACCGCUGCGGGGCUGUGACGUCACGGGCGCACCGCCGCCCUGCAGUGUGUCAGGGAUUUUAGGAACUAAAGCGCUCACACCGGCGCUAUCACUAUGGGAAUCCUCCGGACACCAGAAGAAAACCGGGAACACGCGAAAACGUUUUGGGAUUUGUGACGCAUCUGUCGCUGGUUCGCGCGCAUCUGCUGCUGUAGCGUCGGUCUCGAGCUGGACAGCGGUCGCUGCGGCUGUUGGGUAUAAAAUAGACAAGCAAGCCGAAGCAUCUCGGCUGAGCGCGAAUGCAUAAUAUUUAGCGGUCGGAGCGGAGCAUCAUUGCCUGGGUGGAGUUGCAGUGCAUCGCUCAAUUAUGCAUGAAGAAGCGGCAUCGGCUAGCGCACUAGCAGCGCAAGCUAACCACUGUCCCGUAUUAUGACAGUGAUCUGCAUGCCUACAGCGUCUGAUCAUCACGCGUCGCGGUCAAUCAAGCGCGUUUGACUCUGAUGCUGGUGCUAGAUACGGUGGUCUCCGGUAGAAAUAAACUUUAGCCCGUCAUUUCAUUGACAUGGCAAACGGCUAGCCAGGGCAGGCCUAGCUAGCCACCGUGUUAGCUAGUAAAAAAUCACUUCACUGGAUUAUAGACAGCAUGCAAACCCUAACGGUUUGUUUUUAGAGGGUGCAUCCAGUGAGCGAAUAAUACAGUGUGUUAUAUAUGCGCAGCGAGUAGAUGGCUGCUAGUUAAUAGCCGAGUUACUGCCAACUUGACAGGUUUUAAUAUCUGAAAAAAAAGUGGCAGGCGUGCGCGUCUCACAAUGCACUUUCUCAAGGCAACUUCGGAUUGUGUUACUGAAGCAAACGCUUGGAUAAUAGAGGCACUGCCCUCCGGCUAGCUAGCUAGUUCUCCGUGACUUUGCGAAGUAACAACAUGCCAGAUCUUGAGUGGAUUUUAUGCUCUAAAUAAGCAGCCAGCGUUUGCACAGCGCUUUAGCAAUUGUAGCUAGAUUCUCGCCGGCAAGAGAGGGGAUGCCCUAAACGCUCCAAACAUGUCCAGCAAAGCUUCGGGCAAAGAGAAGAAGCCCGGCUUCAGCAAGAAGCUCUUCCGCCGGGGCUCGGUGCGCUCCGUGGGGAGUUUCAUGAGCAGAGUCCUGAAGACUCUCUCCACGCUUUCUCAUUUCGGAUCGGAGCUGCACGCGCCCGAGGGCGACAAGGACGAUGGGGGAUUCAUAGCCUUCAAGAACGAGGGCAAGGGAUCCGUCGCGUCGGAUGACAGCGACUGCGGGGAGUUUCUUGCCAGGGACAAAAUCCCCGGAGUGGCCGGUUUGAAGAACCACGGCAAUACAUGCUUCAUGAACGCUAUUCUGCAGUGCCUGAGCAACACGGAGCUGUUCGCCGAGUAUCUGGCGCUGGAGCAGUACCGAGGCGACCAGACGGACGACGAGAAGCCCAAGACCAACGGGGUCGUGCAGAGGAAGGGCGGUCAGGACAGAGGAGAGGUGACCGAGCAGCUGUCGGGGCUGGUCCGAGCCCUGUGGACCUUUGAGUACACGCCGCAGCACAGCCGAGACUUCAAAAAUGCUGUGUCCAGGAGUGCCAUGCAGUACCGGGGAAAUGCCCAACACGAUGCCCAGGAGUUCCUUCUCUGGCUACUCGACCGUGUCCAUGAAGACCUCAACCAUCUUGUACACCCUAACAUCAGAGCCUCUAUAAAGCCUCCUAUUGAGGAAGACGAUGGAGCGUUAGAGGGACCUUCACCUCCUCUUUCAGCCGGCUCAUUUGUUCAAGAGCUGUUUCAAGCUCAGUACAGAUCCUCGCUUACCUGUCCGCACUGUCAGAAACAGAGCAACACUUUUGAUCCUUUUCUUUGCAUCUCCCUCCCAAUACCAUUACCUCAUACACGGCCUCUGUAUGUGACCGUGGUUUAUCAAGGCAAGUACUCUCACUGCAUGAGGAUCGGUGUGGCCGUACCGCUUAACAGCACUGUGUCCAGACUGAGAGAGGCCGUGUCACGUGAGACCAAGAUCCCACAGGACCAGUUUGUCCUGACUGAAAUGUAUUACGACGGUUUCCACCGCUCCUUUUGUGACGAUGACGACGAUCUUGAUAUCAUUCAAGAAAGUGACUCAAUCUUUGCUUUUGAAACUCCUGAGACUUUUAGAUUAGAAAACAUUCGCUCUAAAAGAGGGAGCCUUCUUGCUAAUCUGAAUCAGAACAAUUUGAAAUAUGGAGCGGAGAGCAGCCGAACGCCAUCUUUCAUGCAGGGUGCGAUGAAUCCAGCAUCUCCCAACAAAAACACUGGAUGUGAGAAAAUGAUUCUGCUGAUCUGUAACAGAGCCUGCACUGGCCAUCAAGGACGGAGGUUCGGUCUUCCGUUUGUACUAUAUCUAGAGCGCUCUGUGACAUGGGAUGUGUUACAGAAAGAAAUUCUGGAGAAAAUGCGUCACCUACUAAGGCCAGGGGUUUACAUUCAGGUUGGACCCUUUAGUCUGCGUGUGGUUGGAGUAGUUGGAAUCACAUAUCUGUUGCCACAGGAGGAACAGCCGCUAUGUCACCCCACUGUGGAAAGAGCAUAUAAAUCCUGUGGGCCAGGUGGACCUCCUCAUGUUAAGAUUGUAGUGGAGUGGGACAAAGAGACCAAGGAAUAUUUGUUUGGACACACUGAGGAAGAGUACAUCCCUGAUGCUGAGAGUGUGUAUCUGCACAGAGAGCAGCACCAUCAGCCGCAGGCCUGCACCCUCGCUCAGUGCUUCCAGCUCUACACCAAAGAGGAGCAGUUGGCCCCAGAUGAUGCUUGGCGCUGCCCCCAUUGCAGGCAACUGCAACAGGGGCGGAUCAAACUCAGCCUGUGGACCCUGCCGGAUGUUCUCAUACUGCACCUCAAGAGGUUUAGACAGGAAGGGGACAGGAGGGUAAAGAUGCAAAACAUGGUGCGAUUUCCUUUGAUUGGCAUGGAUAUGGCGCCUCAUGUGGUGAAGAGAAGCCAGAGCAGCUGGAGCUUACCCUCCCACUGGUCCCCAUGGAGGCGACCUUACGGACUUGGCCGUAACCCAGAUGACUACCUUUAUGACCUCUAUGCUGUGUGUAACCAUCAUGGCAACAUGCACGGAGGGCAUUACACUGCGUACUGUAAGAACUCCAUUGAUGGGCAGUGGUAUUGCUUUGAUGACAGUGAGGUUCAGCCUGUAGCUGAUGAGGAUGUCUGUCAGCAAACCGCAUACAUUCUGUUCUAUCAAAGGAGGACAACUAUUCCCUCGUGGUCUGCAAACAGCUCUGUCGCAGGCUCCACCAGCUCAUCUUUAUGUGAACACUGGGUUAACCGGCUUCCGGGCAGCAGGCCGCCCAGCCUGGCCUCCGGAGCCUCCUCGAGACGCACAUCUCUGAUCUCUUUGGCAGAGUCAGUGGAGUUUCCCGGUGAUCGUAGUGAAGAUGAUGCUUUAGCGCUUACUAACACAGGAUCUCCCGCCUUGCUCAGAGGAUUCUCAACGCGGCCCUUCGUGAGGAGCAUCCAGCGGCAGAGCUUGUCCUCUAGAUCGUCGGUUACCAGCCCUCUGGCUUUCAGUGAAAACGGGACGAAACCUUCCUGGUCUCUGUCACAGAAACUACAAAUGAGAUCCAACUCACCCUCGCGAUUCUCUUUGGACUCACGCUCCUCCCCUCCUCUCGAGAGAAUAGGUGAAGCUUGUGACGACAAAGUGUCCACGUCUUGCUUCGGCGGCUACAGCAGACAUGAGCGUCAGCCCAGCAGUAAGGCCCCACUGGCCAUGAUGGAGGGUAAUGGCAGUGAUGACGGCAGUGGGAAGCGGAUCCUAGACGAGGCCUAUUGCAGAGCUCCGACACAGUCCGAUAGGAAGAGCUCUAAAGGUGAGCCCGUCGACAACAACAACCAGAUUAAUGCUGUGGACCAGAAUGCUCUCGGAACGCUCGCCAAAGAGCAGAAGCAUAAGAGCUCCGGGUCGGAGAAGAAAGCAGAUGAGAAGAGCUCCAGCAAGAAGAGCUCCACCAAAACCAAGGGGGACCAAGAGAAGUCCUCCAAGAAGCGCCAGAGCACCUGUUCUGUCACCAAGUCUCCAUCCUCCCAAGUGUCUUCCAGCCCUCAAGCGAAGGGCACCAAAGCCACCAAUCUAAAAGAGAAGAGCGAUUCUCCCAAGAGUACCAAGGGUACACCUUCAGGAACGCCCUCCAGAAGGAAAAAAGAGUCUUUACAGGCAAAGGAGUCUCCAGUGUCUGUUGGCACAAAGGGGAAGCCGUCCCUUACUUCCACACCCCAAUCCUCUGCCUCUCCCUCACCCACAUCCAAAAAGAGCUCCUCGGUGGCUGAGAGGAACUCUGUGUCUGGCAAGAAGAAGCUGGUGGAGAGAGGCUCCAGCAAGGACUUGGCGCACACCAGUCCCCUGGCAGAGAAGUCUAGAGUCAGUGCCACCCCGCGAACAUCCCAACCUAAAACUGCCGAGGCGAGCCGGCCAGAAAGAAGGCCGGUGAAAACCUCUAGCAGUAGCUCCUCAGUCACCAGCCUGCGCUCCCCAAGCGUCUCCUUGAGAGACCUCCGCCGCAGCAGCAAAUCCGAGGACAAGGGACUCUCGUUCUUCAAGAGCGCGCUUCGGCAGAAAGAGACUCGGCGUUCGGCCGAUCUGGGUAAGACCACGAUUCUCGCCAAGAAGGCUGUCGAGAGGACUGCCAAGUCCAGCAGCCAGUGCAGACUCGAUGCUGACGAGGGCGAAGGCUCGGGAAACUCUUCCCAGCAGGUCUCUCCGGAGCCGCGCUCCUGCAAGGCUGCCGCCAAUGAGAAAGAGUCCUCGAAGACCUCCACCCCCAACAAAUGCUCUCUCUUACCAGUAGGCAAGUCCAAGUCUUCCAAUUCUGAGACUAGCUUUCAGUCUCCCAUCAAUGGGAAGAGGCAUCUUGAAAAGAUCUCAUCCUCUAAAAAGCUUUCUUCCAGCAUGCAAUCCUCUGCACGGCCAACACCGACGCCUCAAUGACAUUUUAAUAGCAGUUCCAUUAUUUUCUGUAAUGCAGCUAUUUUUUGAUGUGCCUAAGAAGAAUAUAAAGUAUAUAGUAUAUACCUGUAUUUUACUUUUCUCAAAGAAAAUAUGUAAAUUAUCAGAAAGCGCCUUUCUAUCCUGCCAUGGAACCAAAUCGUUUUCUCUGGCAAGGUAUGGUAUAUGAAUCUACUACUGUUCACAACUCUGAAUAGGAAUGUUUUAACUUAGCACUUUGUAUAUAUUUUUUCUCCCUCGAAUAAUGCUUAGAUGUAAUGGAUACUAUGUACAAUACUUUUUAACUUGGUACCGUUCCUUUCUAUUUGGACAAGUCACUUAUGAUUAAAUUAGAUACUUGCGAUAUUCCUUGGAGUACUGUACCAAUUCACUCCACAUCUACACUUGGUGCUAUUUACAGUCCAAUUUUCCCCUGGCACUGAUACAGCAUGAGAUUGAGAAGAGUUACAUCACGAAACCUGGCCGAAUUUGCGACUGAAGACUUAAUGGGGUUCGGCAGAGUCAGAACAAUCUCUUUGGUACCUCUCAAAGCCUGCUCUCCUACCCCAACUUUUUUCUUUUGUACUCGAGAGCAGUUACAAGUGUUCCAGUAGCAUUACUGCCCUUAGAAAUAUGCGCAACAAUGCCAACUACAGGCCGAUAGCUGAAUUGUUGCUGUAUGAUUGUGAUCUUUCGAAUGGUAAAUUAGUGGAGGACAAUCUUUAAACUAACAAUAUUUAGUUUAUUCCAGCAAAACGCUGUGUGAGCUACUUAUCUGGAUAUUAAUGGAGGCAGUGUAAGCCCUGCAUGAAUUCGUUUUGUAUAUCUUUGUUUUUACAAUGAAAGUUUAAAAGCCACAUAAUCAUACUCGAACCAUUUCAUGCCCGCCAAGUCCAAUGCCAACUUAUAUGAGUGGUUUUCAUUUGGCUUGCUCCGAGCUGGGGUUAAACCCCUGCGCAGCGGUUUUUAUCUCCCAUAUUUAUAUCUGGACAACCAGUGCAAUAGUUUUCAACACUCUGUAGGAGAACAGAUAUAUGAACUUCUGUAUCUGAGAAACAUGUUGAACUUAAUGUUAUUGUUUUAGAAACAAAUUAUUUUAAAUAUCAAUACUGUGUGCAUAUGCAAUAGUGAUAAAACCAUUUAAUCAGUGUAAAUCGAAAUUUAUUUUCAGGACUGUAAUAGCUGACCACAAUAAUUGGUUUCAUUUUUUUUUGUGCCAAGACUUUGUGAUUUAAUAUCCAAUUGAAAUGGCUCUGCAGAAAGGCCUUUAUUUUGCAUACUUGUCAACACUAUUGACUUCACCUAAAUAUAUUUUCUUCUCGAUUUUGCUCAGACAAGUUAAUUUGGACUAAUUCAAAAUGUUAUGUAUGACAGGAGAAAUGUAAGGUUAAGCAAGUCAUUAUUGUUACAUUUGCAUAAUAGUGUCAUUACGUCGGCCGCUGUUCAGCUUGCUGCCCUGUAAUUAAAACAUUAAUCCAAGCGCUGCUGACACCACUGUUGAACCGUUCUCAUUUUCAUGCUGAAACCCAUCUCUUUCAGCACACUUUAUCUUAAAAUAGAUAAUUCAGCAAUGAACCUAAUGUGUAGCACGCUUCUUAUUUUUUGCGACAGGCCCAUAUUGUGUGUGCACUGAAAAAGUAUUUGUAAAAA